AAUGUUCAAAACAGCACCAGGCUUCAGAUGAUGGUUAAUGGUCCGGCCCUCAACAGCUCUAUGUCAAUUAUGGGGUGUCAUUAUAUGCCGUUGCCAUGGGAACGGAACCCUCGCCAUAAUGCAUGAUGUUGUCGUAACUCCUAUCAAAAGGGUCAAAACGGCACCAGACUUCAGCUGACAGUUAAUGGUCCGGCCCUCAACACCUCAAUAUGACAAUAGUGAGUUUUCCUCUAAAGCUGUUGCCAUGGCAACGCAUCCCUCGCCAUUAAGCACGAUAUUGCUAUACCUCCAGUGUUAAUGGUCAAAAAGUGUUCAAACUUAACGUGUGCUAACGGUACAGCCUUCAAGACAUAUAUGUUUCAGUUUUGAGAUUUCGUCAAAUGCCGUUGCCAUGGUAACACAAUGGUCACCAUGAAACACGGUUUUCUCAUAACUCCAUUGAACAUGCUCCAAACAGCCCAAAACUUCACAGGUUUGAUAACGAUGCAUCCCUCAACACAUCUAGGCGUAUUAUGAGGUGUCAUCAAAUGUCGUUGCCAUGACCACAGAUUACUCGCCAUCAAACACAAUGUUUGUGAUAUUGCUGUAACUCCUAUGUACGUUGUCCGAUCGCCCUGAAACUUCCCACAUUUGCCAACGGCCGAGUCCUUGAGACACCUACGUGACACGUUGAUGUGCGAACAACAGCCUGCGGAGCAUCGAAGACCCGCUCAACGCUGCUUGCAGCUUUAAUUUAACAUUGAUAUUGAAGUUCUUGUUUCUGGAUACAAGUAAAAAAUAUUGAUUGGUGGACGCAGUUCGGACAUUCGGUUACAGUUGCAGCAUGUGGCAGAUGUUGUGAACACUACUGCCUCAGGAGGUCGGACCAUCACCAAAAUAACAAAGAAGUGUUCUAAAGAAGUGAAGGACAAAAUGCACACACAUUAGAAGUGCAUUCACAUGACACAUGAUUUGGUCUUUGCUCAACUGUGUGGUUGGUCGCAGAGCCUUGCAGUGAAACAGCUAGUUAGGUUUUGUUUCUACAGUUACCUCCCUUGCUAGCUUGCGCCGCUACAUGCAGCUCUCAUCUGAUUGGUUGUGCGUCAAGGUCAGCGGUAAACAAGGUCAAAAAUCGGAAUAGAUGGAGCUUUGGGUGCAGUGGUCGCAAUGAUUUUCAACGGUGCGAGACACUGAGUGUAGCACGUCCGCUUAGUCGAGGGUGGAACCGCUAUCCCCGUAGAAACACAACGGCAACGUCAGCGCAGAGAGCUUUUAUGGUGUAUCAUGUGAUUGCAGCUUUAUACAAACACAAUAGGGGUGGGGUGACACCAUACCGCUUUUAACAAAAAAUGUGUUUAUAACACAGUGCCUUUAUUGAGGUGACAGUGUUGAAUGGGGAGACAGAGGGGAUGACACGGGCAAAUGGUCAAAGGCAGGAUACAAAUCUGGGUCCUCUGCAGGGGAACCAAGCCCCAGUACAUGGGCUGCCUGCUCUACCAACUGAGUUAUACGGCGGCCCACAAAUGCAUGGCAUAAUAACAUUACAACUGGAAUUAUAUAUUGCCAUUGACUUGGGUUAGGGUUUGACAGUGUCUCCAUUCAAUAGUUUGUCCACCAGAGAGCAAUGCUACUACAAAUACUAGUUCUGCUGCUAAUACUUCGUCUACAACUACUUACACAGACAUGAAUAAGAAUACAUUUUAUUUGUACAGCAACCUCCAUGCAUAUUACGAGUGUUUAUACAUGAAUACAAUAUUUACAGUAUGUUUGAAUUGGUCUGGUGUUCCGGUGCCGUCCAGGUUUAUUAACUUAGAAAAGCAGUGAUGAUUUAACAGGAAAUGUAAAUUGUAACACAAACACACACACGCAUGCGCACGCACACACACACACACACACACACACACACACACACACACACACACACACACACACACACACUUGAUGUAAUAAUGGGUGUAACUUAAAGACAUGGAGCAGUUUCCUGAUCAACAUUACAUCUUCCUGAUUCACCGCUCACAGCUUUCAUACACCAGAGAUUUUUUUUUAAAACAAGUUCUCUGAAGUCAUGUAGUCCUUUUACAUAGAAAAUAACGGGUUUUGAAAGACGAUGGACUUAUUUUAUGUUUACAAUGAGCUAAUCUUUUGAAUAUUUGGUAAUUUUUUACCAGCUAAGAUGGGCAUCUGGUCUCACAAACUGUACAUUGCUAUGUGUACAGUGAUGAGCCUCCUCGGUGUGUUUUCUCAUGGUGAGUUUGCCACUAUUUUGCAGCUUGAUUAAAGGAAAAAUCGUAUUUUUCUGAAAUGUGUUGUGGUCGAUCUGGAUUAGUCUUGGUAAUGAUAUGCACUUUUUGUUAGUGUAUGUCAUUGUUUCAGUGUUGGAAGUAGUAAUCAGAUUUACCUAAAGUAAUAUUUGAAAUAUAAUAUAUAUAUAUUACAAUAUAUAUAUUAUAUAAUAUUUAAUAUAUUAUAUAUAAGUAAUAUUUGAGUAAAAAUAUAAGCAGUAUAAUGUACUUAGGAAGCAGAAGAAAACAUCCUCCCUGUGUAAAAUGGGUUGUUUCAGAGGGUUUCAUGAUUAAGCCCUUAAAAUUCAGUUAAUAAUCCUGGUUUAACUUGUCUACUAAACUGGCCAUUUGAACCCUGGGCGAUGCAUGAGAUACAUUUGAGUAAAACUGUUUAGUGAUUCAAAACAUGUUCUACUGGCAGGGAAGUUACAUCACGUCUUGGUUUAGUUAAGGUGUCCUUUCCUGAAUGUAAGUCUUGCAUUCUGUGUGUGUUCUGUGUGUGUUCUGUGUGUGGCAGAGGUGACGGUGAGGGACUCUGAACUGAAGCGCUGUGAGGAGGACCAGCGGGUGUGUGUCACUGACCUCAGACACUGUGGCUCUCCAACACCUUCAUCUAUACAAAAUAUCACACAGAUCUAUGACAUGUGAGUUGAAGCAAGAUUCAGACAGCCACAUUGAGCCUGACAUCUCUCUCCUCUUCAGCAGCGUACAUACAAUCAUCUCCUGUCAGGGAAUAUUCACACCAGCAGCGGUCCUCUCCGUAACCGCCAGUAUCAAAAACUACAUGAUGAUGAAGGAGAUCUGGACCCGACCUCACACUGUGUUUCUUAACGAUUCAAUCAAACCCUCUCCGCCUGUAUUAACUGUUCUUGGCUCCACUGAGGACUCUGUUGUUGUGUCAUGGAGAAGCAGCAGUUACGGCAGCUGUAGGCUUCGCUACAGAACGAACGAUACGCACAUAUGGACCCUGGCUCCUGAUUCUGUCCCGUCACAUCAGGAUCAGACAUUGAACUACAGGAUGAAAGACCUCCUGACCUUUACCUUCUACCAGGCUGGCGUGGCCUGCAGAGAGGAACCCGGCUUCUGGAGCGACUGGAGUUCUGACGUCAGCGCGAGGACGCUGGAACGGGCGCUGUCCAGGCCUCCAGAGGUGUGUUAUAGAGUGGAGGAAACUUUGAAAGACUCUGAUGGAUCCUAUCUGCUUUAUCUCAUGUGGAAGCAUCUCGACCUCCCUGGUACCAGAGUUCGUAUCCAUGGAUACCAGGUGAGCUACAAGCUGGUGAAGAAUCAGCAGGCGCAGGACAGAUUCACUCAAAAUGUCACCGGGUCAAUGGCGCUCCUGGUGGUGAAGGAGGGGAACUACAGAGUCACAGUUUCAGCUUUCAACACGGCUGGCUAUGGACCUGCUGCUCAUCUCAGCACUGACACACAAAGACAAAAUGCUCUCCCGCCAGUCAGCAGCUUGUGGGUUUCCAGUUCUCUCCCGGUUAUGAAAGGCCUUCUUGUCCAAUGGGAGAACCCCAAGGUCCUGCCCUCCGUCCCGCCAGUCAGUCAUCUUGCCAUUCACUGGCGUUCCGAGACUCGUCCAUCUACUAGCCGUGGGACCACAGUGGGCAACUUCACCACCUCCACUGUCAUACAAGAUGUUAACCCUGAGGACUCCUACCUGAUUACUGUGUUCCCCGUCUAUAACCAGCAGUGUGGAUCUCCUCAGUCGCUGCCUGCCAGUCUGCAGCAGGGAGCUCUUGUGGAGGCGGUCCAACUGAAGGUGGUGGGCGUGACCAAGACGACAGUAAAGGUGGAGUGGGUGUGGCAAAGGAAGGCUGGAACAGUCACAGAGAACAGAUACAGAGUGAUGCUGAGGAGAGACUCAGAGAGACAAACUCUGUCUCUGUGGCCGGACCAAUGGCAGCUCACCUUCAUCAACCUGAAACCCAACACUGAGUAUUCUCUUCUCCUAUUGGUUGAUAAUGCAACUAGAAACAUCAUCCCUGUGAAAACAAACGUUGAUGAGGUGCCAGCGGUGGCUACAGCAACACCUCUGCUGCUGCUGGCUCUUACUGUAUUCAUCAUUUCAAUCCUGUCCAGGACUGUGUACAAGUGGUAUUUCUUUCCGCCCAUCCCCAGCCCUCGGGGCAGUACGACAGGCCAGUGGCUGAUGGACCCUAAUCACCAUAAAACUGCAGAGAGAAACAUCCUUCAUAUUGAGGACUUCCAGGUGAUGGAUGUACUUGGUGAGAAUGGUCUCAUCAUGAUUGGACCAAACUUCAAGUCCUCCUAUGAAGAGGACCUAAAUGAAAACAACUCUCCGCUGUCAAUCAGCCAACUCAGCACUAAACCGUCAGCCCUGGAAGUGGACACAGACUAUAUACCUGUUGCUCCAGUGACAACAGAACACCCACUCAUUCCUCUCCAGUUCUAUGAAGCUGACUAUGGAUUGAACUAUCGAAAAUGUGACAGAGUUUUCACAUCUGAGGAGAGACGAGAGGCCGAUGCUGCUCAACUGAGUCAAAAAAAUGAAGCCAACGUCUGCUUUCCAGAGGUAGAGCACCGACCAGACGACUUUUCUGAGAGAGCCCAUCAGGCAGAAGCCGCUCUAAAAUUUAAUUUUCCAGAAUUAAUGGCAAACAGCUGUGUUAAUCAGAUAACAUGCGAGGCAGAUUACAAGUCUUCCUUUCUGGGGAAAACAGAUGUGUGGCCUGAUUAUACAGAAAACUGUUGCUUAACUUCAAAAACUGCAAAUGAAGACUGAAUAAACAACAUCAGUGCUG